AUGCUGGCGCACAACAAAUUGUUGGCGUUCACUGCCAACAAGCAUGCGCAGACGCAGCAGCAGCAGCAGCAGCAGCAGCAGCAGCAGCAGCAGCAGCAGCAGACGCCCAUCGCAAGACGAGGGCACGGCGCAUGCUGUCCGCUCGGGAACGGCACGUGGGUCCCGCCCUGGGCCGUGGGGCGCCACGACCUGCAGUCGCAGGGGCCGUUCACGCCGCAGCUGGCCAUUCUUAUUGACCUGACCAACUCCAGCCGCUACUACAGCCCGGCGGAGGUGCCAGGGGGGGUGGCGUACAUAAAGGUACCAUGCGUCGGGCGGGACGCGUCCCCAGACCCCCUGGCUGUCAACCAGGUGUGCUGGGAGGUGAACAAGGCGCUGAUGUCAUACCCCAACACGUACUUCCUGAUCCACUGCACCCACGGGUUCAACCGCACCGGCUACAUGAUCACGUGCGCCAUGAUGCGGCUGCUGGCGCCCACGGGCAUGUGCGUGGAGCGCGCAGUGCGGCGGUUCGCGCAGCAGCGGCCGCCAGGCAUAUAUAAGCACGAGUACAUAGAGGACCUCUUCAGGUACCACCACGAGGUGCGCCCCGCCGCCACCCUCACGCCCCCCGUGCCCGCCUGGAAGGGCCCCGACACGCCGGGGGAGGACGAUGACGGCGCUGACGCGGACGGGGGCGCGGCCCCGGCGCAGCGCAAGGGCCAGCAGGAGGGCCACAUGUCGCACGACGACAAGUUUGGGGAGGUCAUCCCCGAUGAGGAGCGGGAGUGGCUGGCGCACCAGGUGUACGACGCCAUCAUGAUGCAGGACCCCCAGACCUGCCCGCCGGGCGCCAAGCCGCCGAGCCUGCAGUACCAGGGGCAGGCGCCCCAGUUUGCUGGCAGCCAGCCGGUCAGCCUCGACCGGGAGAAGCUCGAGUACAUCAAGGCCAAGCGGUACUGGGUUACGUGGAAGGCGGAUGGGACGCGGUACCUGCUGCUGCUGAGCAGCUGGGGGGCCUACCUCAUAGACCGCUCCUGCGACACGCGGCGAGUGCAGAUGCGGUUCCCCACCUGCCUGUCGGAGGAGCGGGCGGCGGCGUUCGCCAGGGCGCGCUCCAAGGCGAAGCGCGCGGAGGAGGUGCCGCUGUUCCCGGUGGGUGUUGGUGGUUCAAAGGGCUUGUGUGAGGUUUGGGGUUGA